AUGCCCAAUAUCACUGCAGGAACUGGAUUCAUCCUUCUGGGGCUCUCUGAUAUUGAGGAACUACAGACUCUAUAUGGAGUGACAUUUCUGUUAAUAUACCUGGUGACAUUAGUGAGUAACUUCCUCAUCAUCACUCUCAUUACCCUUAAUCAGAAACUGCAUUCACCCAUGUACUUCUUCCUGAAGAACUUGUCCCUAUUGGAUGCCUUUCUAAUAUCUGUCCCAAUCCCAAAUUUCUUUGUCAGUAGCCUAACUCACAACAAUUCCAUCUCUACUCUUGGAUGUGCAUGUCAGUUAUUUUUCAUGGCCUCUUUUGGAUCAGCAGAAGUAUUUGUCCUGACUGCCAUGUCCUAUGACCGCUAUGUUGCAGUUUGUAGUCCCCUGCACUAUAAGAUCAUUAUGAAUAAUGUCACCUGUGUGCUUCUGAUGGGUGUAUCUUGGAUCAUUGCAUUACUCUUUGGAUCAAUGUACACAGUUGGCACAUUUUCCAUGCCUUUCUGUGGUUCUAAUGUAAUUCCACAGAUAUUCUGUGACGUUCCCUCAUUGGUAAGGAUCUCUUGCUCUGACUCAUUUGUAGUCCUUUAUACAAGCCUUGGGAUUGGUUUAAGUCUAGGCAUCACUUGUAUCUUCUGUGUUGUGAUCUCUUACUCUUACAUUAUCUCCUUUGUCCUGAAGAUUUCUACUACUGAAGGGCAGUCCAAAGCAUUUUCCACCUGUGUUCCCCAUCUCAUUGUUUUCACUGUUUUCAUUGCUACUGCUUGCUUUGUUUAUCUGAAGCCACCCUCAAAUACAACAUCACUUACAGACAGGUUGUUUUCUGUGCUGUACCCUGUGCUAUCUCCAGCCAUCAAUCCAGUGAUCUACACCCUGAGAAGCACUGAGGUUCACAGUGCUCUUAAAAAGUUACUUCAAAAUUUAUACUCAAGAGAUUCCUUUCAUUUAACACAUCAAAGUGUUUAA